CCUUAUCCCAGUGUUUCCCAGGGAUUCCCCAAGAUUAUCCCCAUCAUCUCCCAUUGCUCGGUGUCCCCCGCCCCGUUGCACCCUGCCACCAUGUCCACCAAGAAGAUCGAGCAGUGGGAAAUUGAACGGUACUGGGAGAUCUUCGCAUCGCUCGCGGGCGGCCAGCCGCGUCUGAACAACUCCCAGGCGGCCUCGGUGUUGAGGAACAGUCGGCUUCGCGAUGACCAACUCGAAAAGGUCUGGGAUCUGGCCGAUGUCGAUGGAGAUGGUGAGCUCGACUUUGAGGAGUUCUGCGUCGCCAUGCGAUUAGUUUUCGAUCUGGUGAACGGGGAACUACAAGCCGUCCCCAAUGUCCUCCCCGAUUGGCUCGUUCCCGAAUCCAAAUCCCAUCUAGUUCACGCGACCCGUGCGUUGAGCAGUCGUCCAGAGCAAUUCGAACGCAUAGAGGAUGAAGAUGACACACCCGGACUGAAAGAUGGGUUUGAAUGGUACAUGAACCCGGCUGAUAAGUCAAAAUACGAGGAGAUCUAUAUGGCAAACAAGAACCACCGCGGAGAAAUUUCCUUUGAAGCGCUACAGCCCCUUUACGAUUCCCUCGACGUUCCGGAUACGGAUGUUCAUUCCGCGUGGAACCUGGUCAACCCCUCUGCAUCCCCGUCCAUUAAUAAAGACGCCACCCUUGCGUUCCUGCAUAUUCUGAACUACCGCCACGAGGGCUUCCGCAUCCCACGCACUAUCCCGGCGUCACUGCGUGCCUCGUUCGAAAACAACAAGAUCGACUAUCAGCUUGACAAUGCUCGUCCGGCCCAGAAAUGGGGUGCAAGCGGAGACAUGGAGACCCGCACGGGCCGGAAGGCCAAAUUCGGAGAUACUUAUCUGAGUCGACUGGGCGCUGGCGGAAAGACAUCCUACACGCCCAAGGGCACGGAUUUCAGCGACACCAUUCAGGACGAGGAGUGGGAGAAGGUCCGGUUGAGGCGCGAGCUAGCGGAACUCGACAGCAAGCUGGAGGCUGCGAAGAAGGCCUCGGAAGGGCGACGGGAUCGGGAGCGGCCCCGAAAUGACGGCGGGCCGAACUGGGUUCUGAUCAAGAAAGAGGCGCUCCAGCUGCUGGAGUACAAGGAGCGGGAGCUACGGGAGCUGCGAGAAGGAGCGGGGCGAUCCAAAGAUGGCCAGAAUGUGGAACGUCUCAGGGAUGAUGUCAAGACCGUUGGCGAGCAAGUCGAGGGAUUGAAGAGCCAUCUCGCGCAACGGAAGGAGGUGCUCUCGGAUCUACGGGCACAGGUCGAAGAAGCCAAGUUGUCCCGGUAGUCCGUUUCGCUCAUCCCUCCUUCUUUCCUCUCUUAUCCCGUCUUCUUGAAUAUACUUCCACCUGGGUUCUUCUGGCACUUCCUUCGUCUCCGGAGGAGUUUGUUCGCGUAUGAGCUUUGCUACUCUGUUAUCGAAAUAGCCAUGUUCUUGGCGAGGAGCAUCAGGCGCUAAAUGGAUGUUUCGUGUCUCGUGCCUCAUGUUUUUGCAUGCUUCGAUUCCACUAGACGUGUGAUUGAUCUUGUUCCAACUCAUAGAGUCCGUCCGUUUUCGGACUCUUGUCGCAUUCCUCACUUCCUCUUCCCCCUCCCCCUCCGGGCAUUCGCCCCGUCUAUCUAAUGUACAGUACAUAAUAAGAACGCCUGAUAGGCACAAACCAGCCUGGUGUUAUGUUUCGCUUCCCUGACGCCCC